AUGCCUCUUGCCGUGGUUAUUGAAGGGCUGAGCGACCCGUUCUGCACCAUACGGUUCAAGAAAAACAAGUACCGCACCAAGACCCACCCGCAGACCGUCAACCCCGUCUGGAACGAAUGCAUCAAACUGGGUCUGUUCACAGAGGAGGACGAUGUCGAAGUCACCUGCUGGGACCGGGAUCGUAUGAGCUCCAACGACGUGCUGGGCUACUUCAACAUCCCACUCAAGGAAUUCGCCCUCCCCUUCAUGGUCGGGGAGCACAAGAAGAGCUACACGCUGCAGUCGCGGCCGGGCCACAAGGAUGUGGGCGUGAAGGGCUCGAUCGAGGUCAAGAUCAUCAUCAAGGACAAGAACAGCAAAAAGGACAAGGAAAAGAAGAGCAAGAGCAAGAGCAACCGGUCGAAGCGAGCCACCACCUCCCUCACCGCCUCCGGGUCGCCCGCGGCUUCGCCCGCCCUCGCUGGCGGUUCGCCCGAAGGCGAGUUGGAGGACAAGGCCAACGUCAAGAAGAGGCUGACCUCAUUCUUCAAGUUCAGGCCGGCAUCAAGGGAGGAAUUCGAAGAUAAGCUCUCGGGCAGCGGCUUGAUCCCUCGCGGUCCCAAGAGCACCAAAGUGUUUGGCGCCACUCUCGACGAAGUAAUGGCGCGGCAGAAGCUCUCGCACCCGGAGAUGAAGAUUCCGUUGUUCGUGCACCUGGUCCUCGAAAAGCUGGCCAACAACCCGCUCACCUUCAGCGAGCAGGGCUUGUUCCGUAUCUCGGGUUCGGCGAUCACCGCGCAGAAGGUGCGGUCGCAGGUCGAUAGCGGCAAGGUGCCGGACCUGACGGGAUGCACGAGGGACGACCUGGCGUCGCUCCUCAAGGAGUACAUCCGCGAGCUGCCCGAGCCUCUCUUCACCUCCGCCCUCUACCGCCAGUGGGUCGACGUCUAUGACGUGCCCGAGGAGAAGGUGGUACCCACCCUGCGCGCGCUGGUGCGAAAGCUGCCCCUCCACAACCGAUACCUGUGGGAGGAGGUCAACAAGUUCCUCUUCCGCUUGAGCAAGCACUCGGACGUCAACAUGAUGGCGCCCCAGAACAUCGGCAUCGUCAUCGGCCCCAACGUCCUCUGGCAGCCGCCCUUCAACAUGCCGGUCAUGGAGAUGAACGACGUCGUGUGCCGCCUGGUCGAGAACUGCGAGCAGAUCUGGGCGCCGGGCCCCGAGGACGAGCAGCUGCUCCAGCGCACCGCUUCGGCCACCCGGAUCGCCCACUCGCUCUCCGUCGACAUGGGUUCGUCCGGUGCGGGCGUGCCCCAGUUCAUCAACCCGACGACGAACCCCCUGCGCGUGGGUUCGACGAUCGGCGUGCAGGUGCCCCUCUCGCCGUCGGCUCUUGAUAGGCGUCGAUUGACCGCUCCGCCCGGCGUUAUCCAGCGAGAGCUGCUCGCUCAGCAAGAAGCCGCGGCCAUGACGGCCGCACCCGAAGAGAGCCAACAACUGCCCGCUGAUCCGGCGCAGUGGAGCGUGAACGACGUGGCCGAGUGGCUCAGCAUGAAGGGCUUCUCCCAGUACGCACCCACAUUCAAGGGCCACUCCAUCAACGGAGAUGCGCUGUUGGGCUUGACCGCAGAGAAGCUGCUGACCGAGUUUGAAGUCAAGUCGCUGGGCCACAGGAAAAAGAUACUCUUCAGAAUUCGCGACCUGAAGAGAGCGUGA